CCCCACUGCGGAGCGAUAUAAAAAGCGACCCGAUUGAAGCGAAAAACAUUCGUCAUCCGGCAGAGAAGUAGAAACUGCAGUAGCACAAGCACCAUCGUCGAACGCAACAUGAGAGUUUACCACUUGCUGCUGAUUACAUUCGGUCUGGCCGCGAUCGCCGGCACCCGGGGAGUUCUGGCCCAUCCACCUAGGCAAGAACCGGAUCCGUGCAUCACCACCACCACCUGUACCCCACCGCCUCCAUGCACCACCACCACCUGCACCCCGGAGCCACCGUGCACCACCACCACCUGUACCCCGGAGCCACCGUGCACCACCACCACCUGCACCCCGCCUCCAUGCACGACCACCACCUGCACCCCACCUCCGUGCACCCCACCUCCAUGCACCACCACCACCUGUACCCCUCCUCCAUGCACACCACCGCCAUGCACCACCACCACCUGUACCCCUCCGCCGUGCACCAGGACCCCACCACCGUGCACUAGGACUCCACCACCCUGCACCAGGACCCCACCACCAUGCACCAGGACCCCGCCGCCGUGCACCAGGACUCCUCCAUGCACCAGGACGCCACCCUGCACCCGGACUCCACCCUGCACCACGACUACAACCUGCACCCCACCUUGCACCACCACCGAACCUUGCCCACCCAAUAACCCGCUGAAUCCCGGAAACAAUGGAACCAACGUGGUUGGAGACACGGAACACGACAUCAAUGGUGUCGCCAAAGUUGCCUCGGUGCUGAUCUCGCGCCACGAUUGCCGUGGCGAGGAGGAUGGCACCUUCCUGGCCGAUGUGCGUCACUGCCGCCGCUACUACAUUUGCCAACGGCAGAGGUCGAGGCGCGUGUCCUGCCCCAGCGGCUUCUGGUUCGAUCGCGAGCUGAAGACCUGCCGUCUGGCCAGCCUCGUCGACAACUGUGACGCCAGGCGCAACUAAGCAGUGCGCCAGUGUGGCCAUCGUGCGCCCAAGCAAAGCAAAUUGGUUUUACAGAAUUUUUUUUUGCACUUUUUCAAAGAAUAUAUAGCACAGCAAGAGUGUGCGGAUUAAUUGUUAACGAUUCCAAAGCAAUAAAUAAAUAUUUCACUGAUUAUACAAGAAA